AUGGCGACAGUGCAAAUGCUUCCAAACCAAAGAAGCAAGAUUUGUGCUGUCUUUGGCGACAACUGUUCCCACAUCUGUGUCAAGUGCAACAGGGCCAUGCAUUUCAAUGAGGUACAGAAGAGGAAGAACAAGGAUCGUGUGGUUGAUGACAGCAUCACUUGCUUUGUCCGGUGGCAUGAUACUUCUUUCUUUGGCUUGGCCAAGGAAGAUUGGGAAUUGAGAGGAAUCGAAUCCACAAGAGAGAUUGGUGCUUUCCUACCAAACAAACUCGAGAGAAUCACGCAGAAGCAAUGGUUGACCUCCGCAAUGACGCAUUGA